AUGAAGAAGACGACCACAUUGUGUCUUGUAGAGGAGGGAGAUGCGUUGCACACGGAGGAGAGAGACAUGUCGCACGAGAGACAUCCGGAGGAGAGAGAGGCAUUGUGUGAAGGAGAGAAAUCCAUCGCGAAGGAGAGAGAAGAAUAUAACGCUUGGCACGAAGAUGAGUUUGACGAGGAUAAGUGCAUUGAAGAAGAGGUUGAGGCAGAAGCACUCACAGAGGCUCUGACAAAGUACUUCGGGCUUCUGCAAUGGAAGAAGGGGAUGGAAGUGGGAACUCUUGAAUGGAAGGGCUUGCAGAGGCCAGUGAAGGAUUUGGGAAUGGUUGGAGAAGGGGAGAGAGAGUGGUGGUCAGAGGGAAACAUGGGUUUAGAGGAGAAGAGAGUGGUGGCACUGGCAGAGGCCAUUUGGGGUCUCAGGAAGAAUAGGAGAAGCAAGGAUGCAGAACAAGGGUUGUGGUAUGGUGUGGCUAUGAACAUUGAAGAAUGA